AUGUCAGAGGUGGGCAGAAGAAGAAUUUGGCAAAGGAGUGGGAGGCAGAUGCACUGUUUUAUUCUUGUUUACCUUCUCCUCCUGGCUUUACCGUGCAUGGGCUUCCUUCCAACAUUUUGGUCAGGAGUGUUAACACUGUCCUGGGACUCGUACACACACCAGUACAUCACAGAGCAGGCCAUCCUCAAUGUCACCCUGGAGACUCUGGGGGGCACUGAAAAACACCAGGAAAGCCAUGCAGAUGAACAGACCAGACUGGGCCGUAGCUUCUGGAGAUCCGUGAGAGAAGUGGUGAAUUCCAACGCGGACAUGGACUUCCUGAACCCCCAAAAGUCCAACCCAGUGUACCACUUUGAUUCAGAGCAUGUGGAAAGUGCCACGGUGGUGCUGCGGGAGUUAUGGGCUGAGAUUCUGAUCUUAGUGCAGGCUAAAAACUACCCAAUUGCCCGUCACAGAUUGGGCCAACUAUUUCACUCCCUGCAGGACUUCUAUAGCCACAGUAACUGGGUGGAGAUGGGACAGCGCUCCAUCUACCUGCACCUGCUGCAUCCAGAGGAGCCUGCCAUCCCUGUUGCUGAAAAAAACACUCCUACCUGUAUGGAGUGCUUCAGCUUCACCUGCCGAAACAACCUCCUGCCAAAAAUGAUAAGCAUACAGAAAGACCCCCAGCUUACCACUGGCUACUUCGGCACUUCCUCUCCAAAACCUCGGGGCAAAUGUAGUCAUGGAGGUAUUUGGGACAGCAGCCACCAGGAGGAGGCGAAAGGAGGCAUCAACAAGGACAGCACCUCACCUUUAUUCUCCCCUCACCAUUACCUCCAUGUGGAAGCUGCCACUCUGGCUACUGAGGCAACCCAGACUGUACUGAGAGACCUCAGAGACCAAGUUGGCUAUAAAUCCUUCCUCAAACUUUUCAGUGUGAAGGAGGUCCCUGCAUUGGUAUUUGUCAUUGACACCACGGGCAGCAUGGGUGAUGAGAUCUUUGCUGCUCGCCGACGGGCCCAUUCUAUCAUCCAGAGACGAGCCAGCACUGGUCAGCCGUGCACCUAUCUGCUUGUGCCCUUCCAUGACCCAGGCUUUGGACCAGUGUUUAAGACUGAAGACCCACAACAGUUCAUGCAGCAUCUGACCAACCUGGAGGCACUUGGAGGGGGAGAUGAACCAGAGAUGUGCUUCUCUGCCAUUCAGCUGGCUCUUACUCACAGUCUUCCGAUGUCAGAGAUCUUUGUAUUCACUGAUGCAUCCCCUAAAGACGCCCACCUGAUUGAUGCGGUGAAGGCCCUCACACUUGAGAAACAGUGCACGGUGACAUUUCUCCUAACUGAUGACCAAAACUCCACAACUGAGAGCAGGGGGAAAGGCAGGAAGAGGAGAAAGAAGAGGAGUGAAACUUUGCCUCUUGAUCGUUUCUCUCUUUACUUCUCCCUGUCUUCUCUGUCAGGAGGGCUGACAGUAAUCACCACCAACUCUGACAUCCACAGUGUCUCCUCCAUAGUGGAGGAUAACAUCGCUGCUGACAAGGUGACCCUCCUCCAUAAGGAGAGUGACAAAGCGUUGAUGUCCCCCCAUUCCUUCAGGGUUGACAGCUCCAUAAAAAGCGUCACCCUACACAUCACUGGCAUCCUGAAAGAGUGUAUCCUUAUAAAUCCUUUAGGCCAAACCCAGUCUCUGCUGACCGAGCAAGGCCCUCUUGCAGAGUUGGAGCACUUUAAGGGUCUGUACCGCAUCCGCCUGCUUGCCCCUAUCCAGUCAGGCCAGUGGAAUUUGUCAACCAAGUGUGAGGGACACAUCACAUUCAAUGUGAUAGGUGACAGCAGCAUAGAUUUCCUUUAUUACUUUGCCACUGUAACCAAUGACACACACCCGGGUCUGGCAAGGGUGGAGGGCAGUCCUGUUGCAGGUGUCUCAGCCUUUCUGGUGGUGGCUGUGACAGGAAUGGCUCCAGGCGUGGAGGCCUCUCUGAAUGUGACAUUGCUUGGAACUAAAGGAGAGAGUCUCAAGCGGGUGUUGCUAAAUUCCUCUACCUCCUCCUCCUCACCAUCCCACUCUACAAGGGAGCUGGUUGGGUGGGUGGACUCUGUUCCCGAAGUUCCCUUCUCUGUCAAACUCACAGGCCAAGACAGCGAAGAAAGCAAGCUAGAGAGGGUUUCCACAGAGAUGGUGCAGCCAACUCACGUUCAGAUACAGGUGUUGUCUUUUCCCCGCCUGGUACCUGGUCACAGCACAGUGGUGCGCUUCAACAUCCUGAACCACGGCCCAGCCCGAUCCUUCAAUUUGACUGCUAAUGAUGACUGUGGAUAUCUUCAUACAAAAGAACUUCCCAGGUUCCGUGUUGAUGCACAAGGGUCUUUCCAGGGUGAGGUGCACCUCCACACUCCUCCCACUGCUCACGCAGGAGCAACCGUCAGUCUGACGCUCAACGUGCGUGAUCUUAAGUCCCCUGACUCAAAUUACGCAGUGGCCUACUUGACUGUGGUUCCCCUGGAUACUGACACGUCCCCUCCAUUCUGCUUUGCUGAACGAGUGCAGUCUUCCUGCCCUCCUACUUGCAAUAAGUCAAACUGGACUAUUUCUCUGGCUGUGUCAGAUAGGGGGCACUCUGGCCUUGCUGCUCUCCAGCUAGAGAAGGGUGAAGGCACACUGACUUUAUUCCUCAACCCUCCACCCACAGGGGAAAGGCUGAAAGAGGUGAAGCGUGGCUCCGACCAGCAUCAGGCACACAGGGAUCAGACAACCAGUGGAGGCCAGGAUGAUCACCAUAAGGCCAGAAUACAGAAAGGAGACCCCCCUUUGAAUGUGUCUAAAUGGGUGGGCUCAUCUGAGCCACUGUGGUUGAGGUACACAUCCAGCUGCUGCUUUGCUGAGGCUGAGCUGCUGGUUUGGGACACUGCUGGAAACAUGAAACGCUGCCAUCUAACAUCUGGAGAGCAGAGGCAGCUAAAAGGCAGCAGCACAAAAACCAGUGGACCAAGACAGAUUACACUUGCAGCCUUCUUUUUCUUAGUGUUUGGCCUGCCAUGGUUUCCUCUGCUUUAGGUCGAUGAUAU